UCACUGUGCAAAGUUCACAGGCAGCGACGUUCCUACAAGUCACAAAAAGACGAACAAAAACACAGAAGGGAAAAGACAAGAGAAUGGAGGCAGCAGCUGGAAAGGACUUCACGUCCAGACUGUCAGCGUCGUCUCUCAUCAAGUCCGUGUCGUCAGUGGGCACAGAGCUGACCAGGAGGGUAUGGGCGCCGUCUCCCCCUCCUCAGCGACCUUUCCGUGUCUGCAAUCACGAUCGAACCCUGAAGAAGGGGCUGAUGGCAGGGACCCUCCAGGAGCUUCUAGAAAAAGUGGUCGAUGCUCUCCUGCUCUGCACUGGGGUGUCUCUUGUCCUCGAGGAGGAUGGCACAGAGGUGGACAGCGAGAACUUUUUUCAAACGCUGAGUGAUGGCACAACCUUCAUGGCCCUGGAAUAUGGACAGACGUGGAAGCCCAGCAGAGGUGGUGUCCUGUCCUACUCUUUGACACAGAAACCUCGGAACACCAAGGACAUCGCCAGAGUCACCUUCGACCUUUACAAGCUGAACCCUCACGAUCUGUUUGGAAGCCUGAAUGUUAAAGCCACUUUUUAUGGCCUGUACUCCAUGAGUCUGGACUUGAAGUGCCUGGGACCAAAGAAAGUAUUAAGAGAGCUCCUGCGCUGCUCUUCAUCAUUGAUGUAUGCGCUUGGGCACCUCCUGCUCACCUCGGCCACUUACAUCCGCCGCAUCAUUGAAGGCACUGACCGGUGGCACACCACUGCCCCAGCCGCUGAGAACUGGUAUUAAGUGAUAGAGAGCAAGUGGACCCUCAUUGUAGACGGCUAACCAGAUACGGAGCUGAUUUAAACAGUUGUUAAAAUAAUGUGGAAGACCUGAAAUUUAUCUAGAAAAGAAGCAGAUAGGCUCACAGAUCAUGUAUUACCGCUUCUCACCAGCAGUGGGCAGUGCAGUUUUAUGAUUAAGGACCUGCAGGAUUAGUCAACAGCCCCGUUCAAACGCCCUGUCAGUCUGACAUGCCGCGCCUCACCACUAGGCGGCAGUGUGGCGCAGUGGUCAGUGAGCGGGAUGGCAUCACAAACUCUUCAAUCUUAAAUGUGGGGGAAAAGACAGUACAACUGUGGAGGGUUGCUUUAAUCAGUAAAGGCACAAAUGUGAAUAAAAUAACCAUUUUUGAGU